AUGAACAGUACGUUCGUUACAUGUUUCCUUAUCAAAUCGAAUUCGCUUCGUGAUAUCAGUUUGAAUAAGAAAACAACCAGAAACGUAAGGAUCUACCGAUACGAAUGUAAAUAUUUUAGAAAGUGCACCAAAACAGCUCGAAAACAUCGUCGUUGUGGCCAAAAUAAGCUAAAAAAUCGAUCGCUACGUUUAAAAAUAAUCGAGAUGUUUGACACAGAUUCAAAAACGAUACGUCGUACGUAUUUUAUUGUAAGUUAACUUACCAAGGCGAAGAAAUUAGUGUGGCAGUCUUCUAAACUAGCUCCGUUAGUUUGAAAAUUUGGAUGCGUCAUAUCUGAUCCAUUAUUAAAGGGUUUUCUUCACGACACAUAAAAGCACCACUGCACGUCACUUAAAUCUCAAAACCACAUUCGAAAACCUUACAUUUACCCGAGAUUUUCACCUUUCUAUCGCAACUGCAAAAUGGCGGAGACCACGAAACAACAAGCCGAACUAAAAUCGGCUCUCUGUACAAAACUUACAGAUUCUUAGUACGGGAUUAGUCCGGACGUACGUCACUUACACCAUCAGCACACUUUUCGUUCGCGGAGUGCUGCGUAACACACGGAGCGUACGUCCUAGCUCACUCCGCGCGCAUAUCCAGUCGAAAAAUAUGGCAGCGUUUCUACGGCAUGCCGUUUUCAAAACAGGACAAGUCUCCACAAAAAACGUCCUCCUGCGGUCGUACGCGACGAAAGCUGAAAAGAAGAAAGGAAUCGACAGGAAAGUUGGCCCAAAAAUAGACUCCACAGCUCAAUCUUUGGCCUCUAAAGGUUUCUUACGCCCCCAGAAAGAAUACAUUCCACCUCAAGACGUCGAUUCCAAACUCUCAAAUAUUUUUAAAUCCGUUGUGGGAACAACGGACGAUUCUGCAAUAAUUUCUGAUCUGAAUCAAAGAUUUAGUUUGUUUCUACAAUGCGAGAAGCAACUGAAUCACAGUAUACCAAACUCUUUGUUACACAUCAUGAAAACUUUGGGGGACGUCAAAGUUUUUUACAAGACACCUGUUGAUACCAGGACCCCAUUGGAUAAGAUGAAGAACAUGGAUUUACCCGAAAACAUGCAUGUUCAAUUCGAUUAUCACAGAUUCCGUCCAGAUGCAGACACAAUGUUUGGGGGAAAGACAGCGUUUCCUAAAAGUUCAACAAUUGUAACUGGUUUGAAAUAUAAAGAUAAAUACCCUGGGCAUAAGCAAGACAAACCAAUUUACUAGUUUAAAUAAUGUAUAAUAAAGUGUUUUUUAAUUA